GCCAAAUUGAAUGAAAAUAAGGGUGAAUACAUUCUAUACAUGAUGGUGCGCACCAGUGUAAUGAUUGUAUUAUACAGAAUGAUUUACUUCAAUCACAAACAUGGCUGCCACAUUGAAUCUGAUGAUUGUCGCGAGAGAGGAAAAAAAACAACAUUGUGACCAGCAGCGUUGUACACACACGUAGUGCCUACCGGAAAAAACUUCGGGCUCUUUAUACUCUCUUAGCAAAUUUGGAUAUCAUUUUGUUUGAAAAGAAAACAAAAGAUUUGUUUCUUUUUUUUUUUGUAAAUUUCGUGUAAGACAAACGAAGAAAACAGCAAAUAGGUUUACAAGUGAAUUGAAUAUAAAUUUAAAGUGGUGAAUAAAGCUAAUUUUAGGCGAUAAAAAUUUUUGAAUUUGAGCAAAAGUUAAAAAGAAACACCAAAAAAAAUAUAUACACUAAAUAAAUAAAAAAAAGUGCAGCAAAGACCAAGAAUUUAUCAAAUUUAAUGUGGGGUAUGGAACAUUUAUCCAAACAACUAAUAUGCAACAAUCACAUAAACUGAAUAUAAACGAAAAUAGCGCAUCAAGUGCUACUAGAAUAACAUCCGACAAAAAACCAUCCGUAAAAAUAAACGGUCAAAUAUCAAUUGAAUCGAAUAAUAAACAAGAUGUGCCAAUAGUUCCUGCGAAGCCAGCACGCCUAAAUCUAGCAUUGAAACGUGAAACGGCGUCGCCAAUUGGAAAUGGCCAAAUGAACGCAAAAAACGGAAGCGGAUCGGCGGCGCCAGCAGCCAACACCACCGAAACAGAUGAAAUCGAAUUUUUACUUGAAGAGAUAAAAGACUUGGAAGUGCCCUCAUGCCGAACCGAUUCGGAACAGGACUUUGAGAUAGCCGGAAGCCGUGUCGACCUCGAUUUAUCGUUGCAAUUAGAUUCACCGAUCGAUACAUCGUGGUAUUCACACGCCUACUUUGCACAAGCCAUCCAAAUGCCAUCCGUUCCAUGGGGAGUUCCGUUGCAUUGUGAUCUUCGACCACUAAAAACACCAACUGGAAUCAUUCGAAUACUGCUUGUGAUAUCGUCUGCAGCGUGUAUUGUAUGCGAAUUUUCAGCUGGUUCUGUUCAAGUUGGAUUGUUCUUCCUACCGUUAAUUGCUCGACUUCGAUUCAUGGUCUUUUGUGCAAUCUUUUCUUUGCUGCUGACAAGUCUUAUGCUCUUUCUGGAUAUAUCGCAUAUAGCGCAAAUGUUUCCAUUUCAUUGGCCCAAAUUGAAUGCAUAUCUUUAUUUUAUAAUCAGCGUAAUAUUUUUGAUUGGCUCGUCGUUACUCAUCCACAUGGUGUUUUUUGCACGUGAAUAUAAGUGGGUUCCGCCAAGAACAAAGGAAACUUUAUUUUUAUCAGCGAUGCUUGGUUAUACGUGUGCAGUGGAGGCGAUUGUUUUAUCUGUCAUGGGAUUCUUUCCAUCGCGUCGUUAUCGACAAGUACCUGCCGAUGAAUGUGAUUGCAUUAUUGAUGAAGGACGUGAACUAACACCAAUGAGUUCAACACACAAAUCGUUGGCAAACUCAAAUUCAAAUUUUCACAUUGCUGCUGAUGAUAUCAUCACAGAUCGACGCUAGGCCUAUACACCUAUAUAUUGUCUUAUUCCAAUAUACAAUACCAAACAACAAUAACGAAAAUGAAACGAGAAGAAAAAUUGACAUUCUUAACAAUCUGACACCGUUGAAAAUAAUGAAAAAAAGAAGCCCACAUUGCAAUAAGCGACCUUAGUUAGAUGAACUGAAAGACUAAAUCCAAAGAAAAUGACGAUUGAUACGAUUCGAAUUUGGCGAAAAUCGAACUAAAAAACACAGUAGUGAAAUUUUGCGAUUUUUCAUCUCGAUCAAUAUUUAAUCAAGAAACCGUAGCCAUAUAUCACCAAUAAAGAACUAGAAUAGAAAAGAAAACUAUUUAUCAAGUAUAAUGUUAAUUACAAUAUAUUUUUGUACAUAAUACGAUAAGUUAAUUUGAGUUAAUUGGAUAAAUGGAGAAAAAAAAAGUAUAAACGACGUAAUUAGUUACUCAAUUGCAUACUCUAUAGCAAAUAAUAUAUGGAUUGUAUUAACUUAUUUAAUCAUGAAAUUUGGAUAGAUGGAUCUUUGGGGAAAUAUACUCCUUUUUUAGCAUUUCACUUUUAAUAUUACACUUGAAUGAAUCAUGAACAAGUCUUUGAAACUUUUCUAUUCAACCGAAUGCGGUCGAUGGACUGCUGUUCAGAGUUUCAUUUACAAAAUGAUGGCAAAAUGUGAAAACUGAACAUGGUCCACAUCCAAUUUUUAGUAUAUAAUAUUACUAUGUGUUUGGUGUAUUUAUUUGAAUUCGAUAAGUUUAUUUUUUAUUCGAUUUCGGUCGUGACUCCAGAACAUUUCAGAUAGAAAACAAAAGUGAUAGCAAAAAUUGACAAUUUUCCAUACCAUACACAAUAAUAUUAAUAAUAAAUUAUAAAUCGCUGUCAAACGAAUUCGUUUUUUGUUGUUCCAGAAAGUAAACCAAAACUAUUUUCGAUACAAACAACAACAAAAAAAAACACAAAAAUAGAUUUACGAUUGAUCUUGAAAUUUCAUCAAGCAAUUUCAUUGUCAGCCACAAUAAAUUUCCAUGGAAUUCCACAAAA